AUGGACAAUCUUGAUGAGCAAAUCCGUGAAAGCCAAUUGGAGCGAAAAAAGGAAAAUGGCGAGUUGGCUUCGUUCGGUGAGAAGUACAGUGGUCAGUAUGAUCAGGAUAUCUAUGGAAAAGAUGACAGAGAUAACUAUAACGAUGUGAUAGAGGAUGAUGAUGAGGUUGAAGAUGUGAACAGAAAUGAAUAUGCCGGAAUGCACCCAGCUACAGUAAAUCGACGUCGUAUGGAAGAAGCGAUGGCUCAGCAGAACGAGGUGGAGAAAAUGCGUCAAGAAGGAGGCAGUCUGAAAGGCGUAUACAAGUUGAGCGAGCGAGAAAACGACGCUCAGCGCCAGCUUCGUAAAUACAAGAUGAGUCCAGAGCGCAGCGAUCCAUUCCGCGGCGACGGGACGGGUCGUGGCUACAAAGAGAUCAUGAAGGAGAAGGAGCUGGACGACGAGGAAGCCAAGGUUUAUCAGCAAAUUCUCGAGAAGCAGCGCGCCUACGACGAAGCCCGCGCCGUUCGCGCUCUCCAUCCCCAUCACAUCUAG